AUGAUUUUUAGCAAAAAAAUAGAUCACUUAUCCAAUAAUGAAAUCGAUGUCUCUAUGAUUUCCUCUCCCAUGGCUUUGCCACCAAAUCUACCUCUAUCUCUCUUGACUGAAUCGCUUAAUAAAAACUCCAUUAACGAUGCUGCUGAUGAUACCAUCAAUAACAAAAAUAAAAAAUUCACUGAUAAGACUUCUAAUAGUAAUAAUGAUGAUAUUACUCUUAAUGACGAUGACAUCUACAACGAUAUCGAAAACGAUUUGGAUAGUUGUGAAGACGACAUUAUCUCCCACAAAAGAUACAAAGAAGCUUUAAAUCAAAUUAAUCAGUUGGAAAACGAACUAUCCGAAUUCCAAUCUUCAAGCUACGAAUUAGAACAAGAACUAGAAAAAGAAUUGAACGAUUUGGAUUCAAAAAACGAAUCCUUGAAAUUAAACUUGAUCGAAUCUGAAAAGGAAACUUCCCUCUGGAAAAACAAAUUUUUUAACCUACAAAAAGAUUUACAAAACCAAUCAGUAAAGGCCCAAGAACAAAUCAGUAACUACAAAAACGAAUUAUCAAAUACAAGAAACAAACUAAUCAACAUAGAAAUCAUUAACGACAACAUUGAACAAAAUGAAAGAAAGUUAAAUGUCAACUUGAAUGAACUAGACUCGAAAUAUAACGACACUUUAGAACAAGUGGCCCUAUUAGAAUCUGAAUUGGACUAUAAAAAUGAACUACUAUUAAAAGAACAACUAGAACAUCAAAAUACAAGAAACUCAUUAUUAGAAGUCCAGAAAGAACUAGACAAUUUGAAAAAUUCAAUCAACAAAUCCACCUCUGCUUCCACUACCUCUACAGGUUUACCUCUAAUCUUCAACUCAAUUGGUAUCUUUGGUAAUACUAAUAAUAACCUCUCAAGAACUCCAUCCAAUUCACUUGACUCGACCUCCCAAAGAAGCUUCCCUAAAUCGAACUCAAUUAGACAACUACAUGAUAUGAUCAACCAAGCAAAGGGCAUGGAAUCAAGAGUCGAAAAUAUUAAAAUUUCUCUUAAACCUAAACAUAAAUUAAGAAAAUCAAACAAAUCUACAGAUUUUAGCUCUCGCCCUCAUAUUCCAUACGAAUUAAAAAAUACAAUGUAUUCAAAUAAUAAUGUGACAUUUAAUUAUAACAAUUAUAACAAUAACAGUAAUAACAAUAACAAUAACAACAAUAGCAAUUAUUUAAAAAGUAUUAGUAGUAAUAAUGGCUCAUUCACUGAUGAUGAUGAAGCUAGCUUUAACAACUCAUUAGACUUUAGAUUAAAUAAUUAUCAAAGCCAAAAUUUCCACACCCUAUUCUCUGCUCAAACCAAUGAAAGUAAUGAUAGCGUUGCAAGCUCUUUAGAUCAUCUGAAAGUUAUUAAAAGAAACAACAAUUUUACUUUUAGUUAUAAUAAUAGCAAUAACAACAAUAACAACAAUAAUGAUGGUGAUUUCAAUAAUACUGAAAAUAGUAAGAUUGAAAAUAAUAAGAUUGAAAAUAAUAAGAAUGAUAUCGAUAAAAAAAAUAAAACAAUAGCAAUAGCAAAAAUAGUAGCCCAUUAA